AAAGACUUCACUUUGUUAGAUUCAUUUACAUUUGAUUUUCUGAUGCAAAAAUAAUCCUCAGUGGUACGUGGUCAGGGCUGGAGACAAGUGAGGCAUGAAACCACAGGACAUUUACUAACUGGACACCCUUUGAGGAGGAGGUGAACAGACAUGAUAACAAUGUUAACAACAUGCAUGGUUGGUUCCAAAAACUUUUUAAACGAAGACUGACUUUAUCAACACAUGAGGAAGAAGCCAGAGGGACGACUGUCAGCAGUGUACAACCAUCAACCUCAUUUACACCAUCACCAAGAAAGGCCCCCAUUGAGCCACAAGCCAUUUUGAACUCGCCACAGCGAUGGACACGGAAAUAUGACGUGUUGGUGUGUCACAGCCUUGUGGACAGCGAUACCGAAGAGGCCAUACGUCUGGUGUCCUUCCUGGAAAACUCCCCUCGUAGCCUCAGGUGCUUUUUAUGGCACAGGGAUACUUGUCCAGGAGGAGCAGUUUCCACAGAACUAUGCCAGGCUGUGCAGGACAGCCACAUCAGGGUACUCCUCAUCACUCCUCACUUCUUAGAAGACGACUGGUGCAAGUAUAUGAUGCACCAAAUUCUGGCAGAAGGGCCGAUGUCCAAUCAAAUGAUUCCUCUGCUUCAGGGCUUGUUGUUUUCUCAGUACCCUAUGGAAAUAAAGUUUCUCUUCUACAUUGACCUGAGCUCUAACCGAGACAGAGGUUACGCUCUUGUCAAUAAAACUGUGUUACAGUAUCUGAGAAACCUAGUGAAAAAUGGGACGCCACUUGACUGCGACAGUAACAGCUCCAGUGGAUUAUGUGGGGAAUGCAGCAAAGAAGAAGGCGGUGGGACCUCCAAAAUACAAGACUUUGAGAAAAGUGGAGGUGACGGAGAACAGAACGGGUCAUCUUAGCAAGAACUAAAGCAACACCAAGAGACUAAAUAAGUACUGAAGUACAGAAAUUAAGGAAACAAGUACUGAAAUUAAGGAAACUGAAAAAUAUGUCAGUCAUUGUGACUUUAGUUUUUUCCAAAUGUUGUAAGAACGGUAAACGGUCAACACAGGGUGAAGGAAGGAUGUUCUCAAAGUGAACUGAGUAUUUUUAACUCCAAGAAGCACUGAGGCAUAUUUCCUGUUUCAGAUCUACAGAAGUUCUGGCUCAACUAGUUUAACUGCAAUUCCACUAAAUGUUUUUAAUAAGCAUUUGUAAGUACAGUCUAAUGUUUACAUCCCAUAAUUCAGUUAAAUUGCAGUUUACAACUCGAUACUGUGGGAGUACAGACCUUUGCCAAGGGCAAUAACCCAAUGUUCUUCUUCUUCCACAGUAUUAUCAAACCAUACAUAUUGAUCUACAUUUUCCUCUUUUUUUUAUCCGUUGGUGUAACUGUCGUAUCAACAGUCAUAGUUUUAUUUACUUACAUUGUAUUUUACAGCUGUCCACUGUUAAAGAAAGAAAAAAAACAUUUCCAGUCACUGUCCUUUGUAUUGAUCUGCUCCAAAUUGAAGAGGUUUAUACUUUUCCUACUUUUCCACCAAGUUUAAUAAAAAUCUGUGCAGUUUUUACAAAAUCCUGCUGUCAGACAUGUCGACAGGGACAUUAAUAUGAGUAAAGUGGUGCUGUCUAAAGAUCACCUCGCCUCUUUACAAAACAAAUGGUGCCAGGCAUAACAAACCACGCGCCUUGCACGUAUU